AUGUGUGACUUGCGAAGAGAAACAUACGACGAAUUGGCAGUGGCAAACACUACAUGUAGACUUGUGAAUACUAACAGGAGGUUUAUUCUGGAUAAAUCAAGUCCUAAAAAAACGGAUGUGUCAUUUAAACAAUGCGCAAUUAUGAAAUCCGGGAACAUUUUAGACACUCCUAUAGAUUUCGAGAAGACAAUUUUAAUGGACGCACAUGAAAAACUUGAGAGAGUUGAUCAAAUGUUAUAUCAGCGUGCAAAUCUCAAGGAAACCAUAGAUAAUCGUUUUAUUUCAGUGAUUCAUUCACGAAUACGUAUAUACUUUAAUGUAUGGUUACGUGUAGCUGUAGACUAUCGUUCCGCUCAGUUUCUACGUCACCAUCAUCUGUUAUCAAUUGUAGAAUUCAAUUCAAGAAUGUUACUGAAGCUUAAAAAUCAACAAUCUGUAAAUCACUUCCAUAUCAAAUUAAAGACACGUAGUAUACUACUCUGGGUAUUGUAUUGUAAAAGAAAACAGCACAAAUACACUUUAAUGAAGACUGCAAAUACUUUCUAUCGUCGCCAUAUACUGCAGUACUAUAUAACAUGUUGGCAUAAGAAUUAUUUUCUAACUGGAGAAUCUAUUAGUCAAAAACAUCUUUUAUCUGCAGCACGGGCAUAUAAUCGUCGUAAAAUAUUGAAUAAAGCAUUAUGUACUUGGAUUGUAAGAAAACAAAUAUGGCAGGAUAAAGUGAAUACAUCUAUUGUACGUUCAAUAUUUAAACAAUGGUUUCAACAGAUUUUUGGACAUUGA